UAAAUAUUUGUGAACCCGUUCAAUAACUGCAAAAUCCAGAUUCUCCUGUACCAGGCCCACCUCUUCUACAGUACUAUUAGGGGCCAUCAUUCCAUUAAUGGAUGGAAAAGAGACACAGUUGUCAGAAACAACAGAAAAUAGUUUGAUACCAACUAACAUUAGGCACAAGUACGGCACUUCCUUGGUGGACCAACUGAUCUCUACAGACCAAGUGAAGCGUACACUGAACGAAUCAGAGAAGUCGACAUCACACUCCCUGGGCUAUCAGAUUCCCAGACCAAUCUUGAAACCAUGGCUUGCUGAAAAAAAUCCACACCGAGUAUACUAUGAGUUGGGACAGUGUCUCCGAACUAACAUUUUCCCAGGAGUGCCUGUACAAUCCCAAAGCCUGGUACAAGAUUCCUACACUGCAGAAGUGAAGGAGAAAGUGAAUCAGUAUACCACAUGUCACUGGUUCGGGAAGAAGACUGACGACUUAGCUAUCUGGUCCCAAAUGAUAACAGAGAGAACUGCCAUCAACAAGAAAUUAGAGAGGCUUCUAAAACCUCUUACCGCUUUUCCGGCCAGGCCUACAGUACAGAAGGAAAUUCCUGUUACAGCACCGCCAUCAAAGACUGACAAAAACAUGUGCAUCACCAAGUCUAAGAAGAAAAAGAUACAGUCACAGAUACAGCCUGCUCCUACCUUAAAUCUCAGUGAAGAUGAUGAUUUUUGGGACUUUUAUGAGAAGCCAAUAUGAAAAAGAAAAUAUGUUUCAAUAGAGGAAAAUUUAAUUUCACAUUCCAGUGUAUCAAACUCAAUGUAUCU